UCAUGUGAUCAGCUGUGUCCAAUCAGCUGACAGCUCGAGAGGAGAGUCCGUGCCACCUGUCAGUGUCCAUCACUGCCUUAUGUCAGUGCUCAUCAGUGCUUCGUGCCAGUGCCACACAUCAGUGCCUACCAGUGCACAUCAAUGCCACAUAUCAGUGCCCAUCUGAGCUGCCUUUCAGUGUCACCCAUCAGUGCCAGUCAGUGCCACCUAUCAAUGACAAUCAGUGCCACCUAUCAGUGCUGCCAAUCAGUGCCACCUAUCAGU